CCCGCGGAAGGCGGAAGUGUGAGAGCCGCCGGGCGGCUGAGUGUGGCUGAGGUGGCCUUAGCCGGCUCCGCGGCUUUUCCGGAUCUGGGCUCGGAGAUUCGCGGGAGAGGAACGCAUGGCCCUGAGGCGGCAGCAGAGCCUGGCGGAGUCCGGAGGUUGACGUCGCCCCCGCUCCGGCCCUCGCGGCCGCCUCCUCGGAGCAGCCUCCGGGGCCCGCGCCCCCGCCCGUCCCCGCCCCGGCGGUGUUCUGGACGUUGGGACCUGGGACCUUGGCCUCGGGCAGGGCUCCCGAAGCCGGCUGCAGCCCGGCGACCCUAGACCUCUCACCAUGACCGCGGCCGCCGCCUCCAACUGGGGGCUGAUCACGAACAUCGUCAACAGCAUCGUGGGGGUCAGCGUCCUCACCAUGCCCUUCUGCUUCAAGCAGUGCGGCAUCGUGCUGGGGGCGCUGCUCCUGCUCUUCUGCUCCUGGAUGACGCACUGCUCGUGCAUGUUCCUGGUGAAGUCGGCCAGCCUGAGCAAGCGCAGGACCUACGCCGGCCUGGCAUUCCACGCCUACGGAAAAGCGGGCAAGAUGCUGGUGGAGACCAGCAUGAUUGGGCUGAUGCUGGGCACCUGUGUCGCCUUCUACGUGGUCAUCGGCGAUUUGGGGGCCAACUUCUUCGCCCGGCUGUUCGGGUUUCAGGUGGGUGGCGCCUUCCGCACGUUCCUGCUGUUCGCGGUGUCGCUGUGCAUUGUGCUCCCACUCAGCCUGCAGCGGAACAUGAUGGCCUCCAUCCAGUCCUUCAGCGCCAUGGCUCUCCUCUUCUACACUGUGUUCAUGUUCGUGAUCGUGCUCUCCUCUCUCAAGCAUGGCCUCUUCAGCGGGCAGUGGCUGCGGCGGGUCAGCUAUGUCCGAUGGGAGGGCGUCUUCCGCUGCAUCCCCAUCUUCGGCAUGUCCUUUGCCUGCCAGUCCCAGGUGCUGCCUACCUACGACAGCCUGGAUGAGCCAUCGGUGAAAACCAUGAGCUCCAUAUUUGCCUCCUCCCUCAACGUGGUCACCACCUUCUACGUCAUGGUGGGGUUUUUCGGUUACGUCAGCUUCACCGAGGCCACGGCCGGCAAUGUGCUGAUGCACUUCCCCUCCAACCUGGUGACGGAGAUGCUCCGUUUGGGCUUCAUGAUGUCAGUGGCUGUGGGCUUCCCCAUGAUGAUCCUGCCGUGCCGGCAGGCGCUGAGCACGCUGCUGUGUGAGCAGCAGCAAAAAGAUGGCACGUUUGCAGCAGGGGGCUACAUGCCCCCGCUCCGGUUUAAAGUACUUACCCUCUCUGUGGUGUUUGGGACCAUGGUCGGUGGCAUCCUUAUCCCUAAUGUGGAGACCAUCCUGGGCCUCACGGGUGCAACCAUGGGAAGCCUCAUUUGCUUCAUCUGCCCGGCACUGAUCUACAAGAAAAUCCACAGGAACGCGUUUUCCUCCCAGGUGGUGCUGUGGGUCGGCCUGGGCGUCCUGGUGGUGAGCACUGUCACCACGCUGUCUGUGAGCGAGGAGGUCCCUGAGGACUUGGCAGAGGAAGCCCCCGGCGACCAGCUUGGAGAGGCCGAGGGUCUGAAGAAGGUGGAGACAGUGCGGCUCUCAGACAGCUUCACCCGAGUACCCCUGGGCUGCAGCACCUGUCUCAGUGGACAUAUGACCUCGCCGGAACAGGAAGGUGGUGAUGGUGGUGAUAGAGGUGGUGGCGGUGAUGGAGAUGAUGACGAUGGUGAUAGAGCCCAGGAUCCUGUCGCGGGAGUGGCCGAGGAUGGCCGGGAGAAGCCGAAGCUGCCGAAGGAGAGAGAGGAGCUGGAGCAGGCCCAGAUCAAGGGCCCUGUGGAUGUGCCGGGGCAGGAAGACAUGAAGGAGGUGCAGCUGGAUCGCCCCGGGCAAGGGAUUGCUGUGCCCGUGGGCGAGGCCCACCGCCAUGAGCCUCCCGUUCCUCAUGACGAGGUGGUGGUAGAUGAAGGCCAAGAACGAGAGGCACCAGAAGAGAACAAGCUUCCGUCCAGAGACACGGGCGGAGAAGCUCCCGGGGUCCAGGGCCAGAUGGCACCGCCUCUGCCCGACUCAGAAAGAGAGAAACGGGAGCCGGAGCAGGAAGAGGUUGGGAAGAGGCCUGGACAGGCCCAGGCUUUGGAAGAAGUGGGUGGUUUUCCUGAAGAUCCCCAGAAAGUUCCAAAAGCAGAUGGCCAGCCAGCUGUCCAGCCUGCAAAGGAGGACCUGGGGCCAGGAGACGGGGACCUGCAUCUGCGGCCGCCGGCAGCACUGUCUGAGGAGCAGAAGGCCCUGGCAGUGGGUGAAGGGGAAAAGGCCAACGGGGUGCCACCACCAGGCAACGCUGCCGGGGACAUGGGGCAGCCCGCAGAGGACAGUGACCACGGUGGGAAGCCUCCCCUCCCAGCGGAGAAGCCGGCUCCAGGGCCUGGGCUGCCGGCCGAGCCUCGAGAGCAGAGGGACGUGGAGCGAGUGGGCGGAGACCAGGCGGCCAGCCAGCUGGAGGCUGAAAUUAAAAAGAUAGUAGCAGAAGCUGGCAGGGCGGAGAUGCUGGACCAUGCCGUCCUGCUUCAGGUGAUCAAAGAACAGCAGGUGCAGCAAAAGCGCUUGCUGGACCAGCAGGAGAAGCUGCUGGCAGUGAUCGAGGAGCAGCACAAGGAGAUCCACCAGCAGAGGCAGGAGGACGAGGACGACAAGCCCAGGCCAGUGGGCAUGCAGCCAGAGCCCGGGGUGGUGGCACCCAGAGGCCAGGAGGCCCCCGAAGGCAAGGCCAGGGAGAUGGUAGAGAAUCUGCCUCCCCAGCUUUUGGACCCUGCCCUCCGAGCUCCUGGGGGCCACCCCGCUCCAUCCCAGGACCUUAACCAGCACUCCCUGGAGCACCUUGAGGGGCCUGUGGGCAGAGAGCCUGCUGGCCCUCCGGAUGGCGGCUCUGACACGGAGCUGCAGCCAGCCCCGGCCAAGCUAAGAGACGGCCAGAAGGACGUCGCCCCCAGGGCAGCUGGCCCGCUGAGGGAGCUCCUCCCAGAGGCCACGGGGCAGGUGCCUGUGCCGGACCCCGCCGGGGAAGCCCGGGGCCCACAGGAGCGCCUUGCGGAGGAAUUCCCCAGGCAAAAUCAGGAUGUUCCUGGCGGUGGUUCCCAAGAAAGGAAGAAACCUGGGAAGGAGGUGGCAGCCACUGGCACUGGCAUUCCGAGGGAAGCCAACAGGCUCGAGGCAGGGCCAGGAGCAGAGACAGGGGACCUUCCCGCGAAGUCCAAGCAAAUGAACCGAGGCCUGGGCCUUGCAGCAGGCCUGCCCGGCAAGGCGGAGGGAGCAGCCCUGCAGCCCCAGGCUGCGUUACGCCAGCCGGAGCGACGGGUCAUCUCUGAUGGCGAGCAGGGUGGACAGCAGGGCCACCAGCUAGACCAUGGUGGUCACCUGGAGAUGAGAAGGGAGGCCCACGGCAGGGACCAUGUGCCUGUGUCCCACAAGCAGCCGGGAGGUGGGGAGGACACUGCUGUCCAGGAGCCCAGGCAGAGGCCGGAGCCAGAGCUGGGGCCUAGACGAGCUGCCCCCGUGGCCCAGAGGCCGGACAAUGCCAAGCCCAACAGAGACCUGAAGCUGCAAGCUGGUUCCGACCUCCGGAGGCGGCGGCGGGACCUGGGCCCUCGUGCGGAGGACGAGCCGGCCCUGAAGGACGGGGUCAUCAUUGGCUUUAACCCCCUACCUGAUGUCCGGGUGGAUGAUCUCCGUGGUGCCCUGGACGUCCAGCUCCGCCAGGCCGUCGGGGGCGCUUUGCAGGUGGUCCACAGCCGGCAGCUUCGACAGGCGCCCGGGGAUCUGGAGGCCUAGCACCUGUUGGCCACGAGGGCCACGCCCGCCACCGCCAGCGCAGCAGCAGGUCUCCCUGCCACGUUCUGGCCAAACUGCAGGUCACACACACUCUUUCCCAGGGUUUCGUGUCUGAGGCCCUCACCAAGUGUGAGUGCAAGUAUAAAAGAUUGCACUGUCUGUGGCAUUGUUUCCAGAAUGUUCUUGCCGUUAUUUGUCGCACCUCUUAGUCUGAGGGCCUCUAACCUCUCGACUCUGAGCUCACUACAGCCCGUGAGAAACGGCCUCCAGGGUGAGCUGGCUGGCGCGCUUUCUCCCAGGCUCAGGCCGGGGAUCCGCUGCGUCUGGGGCCGAGCCUCCCGCUCCUGCGUGGAGCACGUCUUCAUGUUGAGCUCGACGGGCGGCUGUGCGUGGAGGCACACGUGGCUGCCGAUGGUCCCAGCACAGGCUACCGUGAGAGCCAGCGUCAGCCCAACUUCAGUGACUCAGAAUGUUCAGUUUAUUGAUGUUUCCCACAGUGUGGUAGAAAUCUUGAAUAAAUUCUGUGCCUUCGCCUGC